UGAAGAGCUCAAAGGUCAAGGGGCAUUGCUAUCCACAUGAUCCAUGGGGAUGUAUAUGCAAAGUUUACAUCCAACAAGGACUUAAACAUAUUAGAAUCUUUUUAACAAGACCUUGGACUUUUGGUUGGAUGUAGCUAUCUAUUUCUUGCAUCAAAACAAGUAAAAAAUGACCCGGUUUAAAGCGAAAUAUGCACUGAUUGUAUAGUCUUAGCUCAAAAGCCGGACAAAUCUUGUUGAUUUCAAAGAGCCAUGGCUAAGAGGCAAGCAGUGAAAUAUACAGGCUGCUGACACAACUACCCAAGUCCAAGGUCUUGUUAAAUGGUUCUAUGUAAAGGGCGGUACCUGAAUGGGCAAAAGAGGUUGAUAUGCCCUAGUUAAGUCACAGGUAUGGUAGCAAUAGGGCAUAAAAAUCAAUAAUCAAAACCUACAAGGUUAUUAUUUAUGAUGCAUUUUAAGUAUGCAACACUGGGAAAUUACUGGUAUACAUAUAAAGCAUAUAUAAGCAUACAAGGAAGUUUUCUCAAGAUAAACAUAGGUUUUACUCCAGAAAAGACUAGGAAAAUUUUAAGCACAUUACUGGGUGUACAUCUAAAUCCCAAGUGCUUUCAUACAUCUAUUUGGAGCAUUAUUAGUCAAUUAUGUUGAACAAGUUCUUAAGCUCAUGAGGAUACAGAAUAAUAGGACAUUUCAAUCUUAAUGUAAUAAUAUGGGGAAUCCCAAUUAAACGAGAAGCAUAUUCAAAAUGGCGAUGGAGGAAUGGAGGCAUUGCGUUGACUGGCUCGUUAGAUGUAACAUUUUACCCGAAGAACACAGAGCUACACAGCCCGAUGCAAGUGCAUUCGACUUAGCCCAAACUUUGCGAGAUGGAGUGCUUAUAUGUCACCUUUUAAACACCUUGUCACCUAAUUCAGUGGAUCUGAAAGAUUUCAGCCAAAGGCCUCAGCUGUCACAGUUUUUGUGCUUGAAGAAUAUUCGAACAUUUCUUCAGUCAUGCCAGUCAGUUUUUGGUUUGAGCACCUCAGAUUUGUUUGACCCAUUAGACUUGUUUGAGGUCAGGGAUUUCAGAAAGGUUUUGACCACUCUAUCAAAACUUUCAAAGACACCAAUUGCCAAAAGGAGACAUAGUGGUUUUCCUCCCGAGCAGUUCUCUCAUCGGCCACCGCCGCCCCGGCGAUACCAAGAUGAUGAUGACGACAUCUAUGGAAAUCUUCCAGACUUAGCAUUACAUCAUGACCUAGAUGAUAAUGAAGAAAUCUACGAUCAUGUUUAUCAAGAGGAUGAUGAUGAAAUUUAUGAAGAUUUAUGUACAAGGAAUAGGCGAGAAUCAAGUAUUUCUGAGCUUCCAGCCCCAGUAACAAAGAGAGACUAUUGCAUUAAGGAAUUACAUGAUACAGAGAAAAACUAUGUAGAUGCACUGCGCAUGAUCCAUUUGAAAUUUAAUAAACCUUUAAAAGAUAUCAUUUCAAAAGCGGACAGAGAUGUCAUAUUUGCACACAUAGAAAAGCUUCUGGAUGUUCAUGAAAAAUUCCAAGCUGAAUUGCAAUCUGCUUGCACUAGUGGAAAACCCAAAAUAGGGGAAGUAUUUGUGAAAUAUAAGAAAAGUUUACUUUUGUAUGGAAAUUACUGUUCAGACAUGCCAAAAGCUCAGGAAAGGCUGGAAGAGGUUACCAGGAGGAAUGAAAACAUUAGGACUCAGAUAGAGAAUUGUGAACGGCUGGCAAAUGAUGGAAAAUUUAAACUUAGGGAUUUACUUCAUGUUCCAAUGCAGAGAGUCCUAAAAUAUCACUUAUUAUUAAGGGAGUUGAUCAAACAAUCAGGGAAGCAAGCUGAGGAUAAAGAUUCCUUAGAACAAGGUCUUGAGGCCAUGAUGGAUUUGUCUCUUUAUGUAAAUGAAGUGAAACGGGACAAUGAAACUCUUCAACUGAUCGAAGAAAUACAAUCAAGCAUCGGAGACCUUCAGAUGCCUGCUAACACCACAUUAAAGGAUUACGGCAGACUACAGAAGGAUGGAGAACUAAAAGUCAAAAACCACACAGACAACAAGAUCAGAAUUAGAUACAUUUUCCUAUUUGACAAGGUCAUGCUUAUGUGUAAGGCAAAGAUGGUGGAUCGAUUGUUUUCGGGAGAAUCAUACAGCUUCAAAGAAGCCAUCAUCCUGGCUGUGUACAAAGUUCAAGACCAGCAACCAGCCAACAGGGAGACCCAGCGCAGAGGAGAUAAGUGGAACAGUUCUUUUGUUAUGGGAAAGAAAGAUGGCUCAAAUGCAUUCUCCUUCUUUGCCAAAACUGAGGACAUGAAGGCUAAAUGGAUCGAUGCAAUAAAACUGGCAUUAGAAAAUGCAUCGCCCCCACAGGGGAUCAAUUAUGUGAUGCACACGUUUGACCAGCCAACAGAAUGCAGUGUCUGUGGGAAACUACUCAGAGGUGUGUUUUUCCAAGGCUACAAGUGCACAGACCCAGGAAGUGAUAUAGCCGUACAUAAGGAGUGUAUUGGCAAGAAGCCAAAUACAGGCAGUAGAGUACCACCUAUUCCAGCUCGUGUGAUGGAAACUUCUCACACUUCUACAUAUAUGGAAGUCAUUCAUGAACACCACAGGUCAGUUUGUGGUGCUAAAUCAAGCUUUGAGUGUAGCAGAACUGAUAUUAUUUUUCAAACACGGAGAUCACCCACUCAUGUUCAACAUAGACAGGUGCGGGCUCUCUGUAACUACACGGGUAAUCCCAACCCUGGGGGCGGUCGCCCUGCCCUGCGCUUUCAGAAAGACGAUGUGAUAAAACUCUUAAACAAUGAUGCACAGUGGUGGAAGGGACUGCUGAAUGGAGACGAAGGCUGGUUCCCUUCACAGCUGGUUCAAGAAAUAGAAAACAAGAUUCGGAGAAAACCCUCCUAUUUGGAUGUGAAAAUAAGGUCUAGAACCGAGAAUGGAACCCCCAGUAAUAUAUCACCUCCCCGCGCCCACUCCCCUGCUAACAAUAAACCUUAUGUCAAUGUGGUGGACGAUGACCGCUCCUCCGAUCAGCUCAGUGUUUAUAAAUGGUUCGUCGGUCCGAUGGGUAGAGACACUGCGAACCACAGAAUGGAACAUAUGCCAAACGGGACGUUCUUAAUACGAGUGUCCGAAAAUCCAGGAAGGAAAGGCGAGCUCUCCUUGAGUAUUCGGUAUGAUAACCAAGUCCGUCACAUCCGAGUGGAGAAGAAUGCGGAAGGCUUGUUUUAUUUAGCCGAUACUAAAUUCUUUUCUUCUCUUCCUGAAUUAGUAGAGUUCUAUCAAGAGAACUCAUUGGCAGACAGUUUUCCAGGAGUGGACACUACCCUGAAAUUUCCUUUCAAAACUCAAAGUGGAGGAGGUGCUAAUACCCGCAUUCUGGGCUACGCAGAGGCGGUCUACGACUAUGCAGCGACGGCUACGUCUCAGUUAUCCCUGUGUCGCGGGGACAAGGUGGCCAUCCUGAGCAAGACAGGAAGUGAUAAAGGCUGGUGGAAGGGAGAACACUGCAUUUCGGGGAAGAAUGGUUAUUUCCCAUUAGCGUAUGUAAGAGAACUUGACGACGAUUGAUCAGCGAUGAAAGCUAAAAGACGUAUGCAAGACCUCCAAUCACCAUUGUGUUGCUAAGUUUGUAACCAUGUGACCAAGCAAUAUCGGCCAAAAGGAUUUAUUUUCCCGUACACGAUUACAGCAAGUACAGUGCAAGUUGGCGACAACAGCUACUGUGAUUUGUUGUACCCCAUUGACCAGCUUCCCAAGUAGAGCUACCAGAGAACACUCUUUUGUUACACCCUGUGUAUCCACCAUACCUUGCAUUAUUAUUAUUAUUUUUUUUUGUUGCAAAAUGUGCCAUUCUCAUUGAUUUGUAGAUUGACACAUUGUUUAGGAAACUCCGUGUAAAACGUGAAGUCUCUCGUCCGGGGGACGUCUCCUGUACUCUGUGAUAUUUAUAGCAAUUACAUAGUUAACUCUGUUAAUGAAUCAUCACCGCACUGACAGUAUUGUUAUUGACGAGCAGCAUGCAUAAUAACCCUACGUAGUGGAAUAUACAUGUAUGUAUUGUUAUUACAUUCCCCAACCAUUCCAUGCCUGGGAAAUCCUUUUGUCAAUCUUCUCUUGCUGUUCUUUUAGCUUAGAUGCUGUUCUAGAAACGAAGCUUUCCGUCUACUUGGAAUAAGGAAAUUUUGAACUUCACUCAAAUCUAGUCUAAAUGUUAUUUAGCUGCUCUAAGUAAGAUUGCACAAAUGAUAUUAAUUAUAUUUGCAAACUAAUGCAUUAAUAUUUGCACACUCAUCUUGCCUCUGUAUGAAAUCCACCUGAAAAUGAAGAUUUUUUUUUAGCCUAUUGUACCUCUGACAGAUAAAUUCAAUAAAGUUAGUAUUUGAUGAAGGGUUUAUUGUCCCUCUGCUAAUGGAUAUAACUCUCAUUUGCAGAAAUUUCUGAAAUAAAUUUGUGAGAUUAUGAUGAUAAAGUGAAAUUUCUGUAAAAAUUUGCCCAGCAUGGUGUUCCAGAAUAGGGUGCAUUUAAAUCAUGUAUUUUUUUUAGUAGAAGUUGAUUGGAGAGAAAAGAGAGUUGAUGUAUCUUAAAGUAAAGCUCUGAUUUAUUAACAACACAUUUAUAAUUACUUAGUACCAGUUAACAUGGUUUUUUUUCAUUUAAUUUUUCACCCAGAAAGCAUUAUAAGAAACCCUCAUAUAUGUACAACCUAUAUCAUUUCUAGACUUUUACCUUCCCUCAUAUAAUAUGUAUUGUGGAAUCUGUCCAGAAAAAUGUUAACAAAUUUAUCUGUGUACAUUUAUUUGCUUAUAUAAAUAUACAUUUUCUGUGUAUUUUUUCUUCAUUUUGUUAGAAUUUGUUUGUGUUUGAUAGUUUGAUUUCUGUAUCUAGGCUAAUAUAAUGGCAUAAGAAACAAGCUUGAAUGUUGAAACUGGUUACUACUAAGACCUUUGUGUAAUUAAUUAAUUAAUUAAUGGUGACACCAGAUAUAUGUAUAUUUCAUUUGUAUUAUAAGGUUAACGACAUUAUUAUUUACCACCUACUGAUUAUAAAAAUAAAAUUCAAUAUGUCUCUGUUUUCAUUUUAUGAAAACUAAUUUAUUUUUAAAUUAAAAAUUCAUGAUUAAUUGAUGAAGGAGUUGUGUCUCUAUACUGUACAACAUUUUUACUUUGAAGCGGUUUGUUUAUCAUUAUAAUCAUAGUAUUGAAUAAAGGUGUGAUCCGAUUCUUCCAUACAGUUGGUAUUAAAUCAAUGUACUGAUUAACUAUCAAAGUUUGUUUUAUGUAUUUGUAAACAGCCCCCCCCCCAUUACUACAGGUAUACAAAGAAGUCAAAAUAUGUUAUCACCAUAGCUGAUCAGUUAUCUUGAUAAGUUGGGAUGAUUUGUUGAAGAGUGCUAUUUAUCAUGAACUUGGUUAAUAAAACUUAUAAAAACUUUU